AUUGUAGGAGGCACUCGGCAAAGUUCUCUGCUGAGAAAAUUCGCUGUUAUUUCUGCGAAACUUCUCAGAUUCGAAAAGAAAGCAAAAAAAAGGUUGUUAAGUGGAGAUGCAAAUGAGGUAUACUGACAGGUCGAAUAGCAUGGUGAGAGAGAAGAGAGGAUUGGAUGCGGUUUCGGCUGAGGAAGGGCAGCAGGAUAGGAAACGACCUGCUUUUUCCAGUGUUAUUGUUGAAGCUCUGAAGGUGGAUAGUCUGCAGAAACUUUGCUCAUCAUUGGAGCCAAUCCUUCGAAGAGUUGUCAGUGAAGAGGUGGAGCGAGCUUUAGCAAAAUUAGGCCCCGCCAAGCUUAGUGCAGGGUCUUCUCCUAAACGCAUAGAAGCGCCAGGCGGAAAAAACUUGCAGCUGCACUUCCGGUCCAGAUUGUCCCUCCCCCUCUUUACAGGGGGAAAAGUAGAAGGGGAACAGGGUGCUGCAAUCCAUGUAGUGUUGAUUGAUGCAAAAACUGGUCACAUAGUCACAUCAGGUCCUGAGUCGUCAUUGAAACUAGAUGUUGCAGUGCUUGAAGGUGAUUUCAACAACGAGGAUGACGACAAUUGGACCCAAGAAGAAUUUGAAUCUCAUGUAGUGAAAGAGCGUGAAGGAAAAAGGCCAUUGCUAACCGGGGAUCUGCAAGUGAUGAUGAAGGAAGGUGUAGGAACUCUAGGGGAGCUGACAUUUACGGACAACUCAAGCUGGAUAAGGAGCAGGAAGUUCAGGUUAGGACUCAAGGUUUCCUCAGGCGGUUGCGAAGCCUUUCGUAUUCGCGAAGCAAAGACUGAAGCUUUUACUGUUAAGGAUCAUCGAGGAGAAUUAUACAAAAAACAUUACCCACCGGCAUUGGGCGAUGAGGUUUGGAGAUUGGAGAAAAUAGGGAAAGAUGGAUCGUUUCACAAGAGGCUGAACAAAGCUGGAAUAUAUACAGUUGAAGACUUUUUGCGAGUUGUGAUUAGAGACUCUCAAAGAUUGCGGAGUAUUCUUGGAAGUGGCAUGUCAAAUAAAAUGUGGGAUGUUCUUAUAGAGCAUGCGAAGACUUGUGUUCUAAGUGGGAAACUCUAUUUAUAUUAUUCUGAUGAAAGUGAAACAAGGAAUGUUGCCGUUGUCUUCAACAAUAUCUAUGAGUUAAGUGGCUUAAUUGCUGAUGGACAGUAUUAUUCAGUGGAUUCUCUCUCUGAUGAUCAGAAGGUCUAUGUCGACGGCUUAGUGAAGAAGGCGUAUGACGAUUGGAUGCAUGUCGUAGAGUACGAUGGCCAGUCUCUUCUAAGCUUCAACCAAAACCAGAUCACAGGCACUACUCAAGCUGAAGCUCCAAUUGAUCCUCUAGAUUUUACAAACUCUUUUGAACAUCAGGUUGCUCUUCCGACUUUAUCCGUUCCUGUCCCUCCAGAACAGCCUUGUAUGGAUUCAGGUCCAGCUGUUGCAGGGUAUAAUGGAAGUAUGGAUGUCAAAUUACCAAUUCAGAUGCAGAGUGACAAUCUCAAUACAUCUUCUCAGCUUGACGCCACUUCAUUCCCCCUGCAGAACCCAUUAACCAGUGUUCCUCAUCAAACCCAAUUUACAAGAAGGGAAAAUGUGAUGGCUGUUGGUCUUCCAGAGUCAUCCACAUCAGGUUUCCCUAGUGUUGGCACGUCAGACUUUACAUCAUUCAGGGUAGCUCAGACCUUACUUCAAGAAGAGGAUAUCCGUAUGAGAAGCAAUGAGAUGCUUGGGGAUGAAGAUAUGCAGCAUCUGCUUCGUAUCUUCCACAUGGGAGGCCAGGCUCAUGCCUCCUUUGAUGAUAAUGAAAAUGGGUUUCCUUAUUCUUCUGCAUAUAUGUGCAAUACCCCCCUAAACUACAGCUUUGGAGACGAUCAAACUCCUUCAUCAGGCAAAGCUGUCGUUGGAUGGCUCAAGCUCAAGGCAGCCCUCAGAUGGGGCAUUUUUGUAAGGAAGAAGGCUGCUGAGAGGCGGGCACAACUUGUUGAAUUGGAUGAUUAAUAAAAAUGGUGUCCGAGGCAAAGUGAAUCUGUUUUAUGGUCGUGGACUUCCUUCUAAUGUGACCAAGAACUGUAAUUCUGGACUCAAAUUGUUGGGGAAGGUCUUGCUUUGCUCCUGUGAACCUCUACUUGGACAUCUAUCCUCCAGUUGCAUCUCCAUUGCAGUUAAAGGCAACUCCAAAGAUGCUGUUUUAUUGCAACCAAGUUGUGAAAACAACUGAAGAGAGAGCUAAUAAUCUGUCAGGGGAUAUCUGUAAAUGGAAGAAAAUUGCACUGAUUUAAGGAGGAAACCUCCACAAAAGCCAGGAAAACUCUGCUUCUAUCUUUUUAAUUUGUAUUAGGAAGUCAAUAAUGUAUAACUGAAGUCUUAAGGAUUGUAUGCUUCACUGUUAUUUCUCACAUUCGAUCCCAAGUAUAGUGGAUAAGACAUUUCUCA